UUCCUGUCGGAGGUUGAUGCCUGGUGUAAAGUGUGCAGUGAGGGAGGGUUACCGUCCGAAAUGCAGGAGCUGGAAAUCGCCAUCCAUCGCCACCAGAGUCUGUACGAGCAGGUGUCCCAGGCUUACACCGAGGUGAGUCAGGAUGGUAAAGCCCUAUUGGACGUCCUCCAGAGGCCUUUGAGUCCAGGCAACUCUGAAUCGCUGACAGCCACUGCCAAUUACUCCAAAGCGGUUCACUGCAUCCUGGACGUGGUUCACGAGAUUCUCCACCAUCAGCGGCGUCUCGAGAAUAUUUGGCAGCAUCGAAAGGUCCGACUGCACCAGAGACUGCAGCUGUGUGUGUUCCAGCAAGACGUCCAGCAGGUGAUGGACUGGAUAGAAAACCACGGCGAAGCUUUCCUCAGCAAACACACUGGUGUUGGGAAAUCCCUUCACAGAGCGCGAGCCCUGCAGAAAAGACACGACGACUUUGAAGACGUAGCUCAGAACACGUACACUAAUGCGGACAAGUUGCUGGAAGCGGCAGAGCAGCUAGCUCAGACCGGAGAGUGCGACCCUGAGGAAAUCUACAAGGCCGCCCGGCACCUGGAAGUCCGAAUCCAGGACUUUGUGCGCCGGGUGGAACACAGGAAGCUGCUGCUCGACAUGUCCGUGUCCUUCCACACACACACCAAGGAGCUGUGGUCGUGGAUGGAGGAGCUUCAGAAGCAGCUGCUGGAUGAGGUUUGCUGUGAUUCUGUGGAUUCGGUGCAGAGUCUGAUCCAGCAGUUUCAGCAGCAGCAGACGGCCACACUGGAGGCAACGCUCAAUGUGAUUAAAGAGGGAGAGGAACUAAUGCAGCAGCUCAGAGACGCAGCCAUGUCGACCAAUAAGACGCCUCACUGCAGUUCCAUCGCUCACAUCCAGGGGGUGCUGCAGCAGCUGGACGAGGCUCAGGGUCAGAUGGAGGAACUGUUCCACGAACGCAAAAUCAAACUGGACAUCUUCCUCCAGCUACGCAUAUUUGAGCAGUAUACUAUAGAGGUCACAGCAGAGUUGGAUGCCUGGAACGAGGAUCUGUCUCGACAGCUGGGCGACGGCAGCCGAUCGGGCGGCAGCAGCGCCAGCAGCACCGGGGGGGGCGGCGCCUCCUCUGGCGGCGCAGAGGAGAUCGGCCUGGCAGAGCAGCGGCUCAAACGACACGCCGAGAGGAAGGCCGCCAUGAACAAUAUGACCUACGAAGUGAUGCAGCAGGGCCAAGACCUGCACCAGUACAUCAUGGAGGUCCAGGCUUCAGGGAUCGAGCUGACGGGGGAGAAGGACAUGGACUUGGCCUCUCAGGUCCAGGAGCUGCUGGAGUUCCUGCAUGAGAAGCAGCAGGAGGUGGAGCUCGCGGCGCAACACACACACACCCGGCUGGAGCAGAUCCUGCAGCUGCGCCACCUACAGGGCGAGGUCAAACAGGUGUUGGGUUGGAUUCGUAAUGGUGAGUCCAUGUUGAACGCCAGCAUGGUGAACGCCAGCUCUCUGUCUGAGGCCGAGCAGCUGCAGCGGGAACAUGAGCAGUUCCAGAUGGCUAUAGAGUCUCUCUUUCAUGCUAAUUCUCUCCAGAAGACACAUCAGAGUGCUUUGCAAGUCCAGCAAAAAGCUGAGAUCAUGCUUCAGGCCGGUCACUACGAUCCGGAGGCCAUCAGAGGCUGUGCUGAGAAAGUGGCCGUCCACUGGCAGCAGCUGAUGCUAAAGAUGGAGGACCGGCUGAAGCUGGUCAAUGCCUCGGUGGCUUUUUACAAGACAUCUGAACAGGUGUGCAGUGUGUUGGAGAGUCUGGAGCAGGAGUAUCGUCGGGAUGAGGACUGGUGCGGCAGCCAUGAUAAACUGGGGCUGUCGGCAGACUGCGAACACCUCCUCCCUCUGAUCAGCAAACACCUGGAGCAGAAAGAAGCCUUCCUCAAGGCGUGCACUCUGGCCCGGAGGAACGCAGAGGUGUUUCUGAAGUACAUCCACAGGAACAAUGUGAGCAUGCCCGGAGCCUCCGGUCACACCAGAGGGCCCGAACAGCAGGUCAAAGCCAUUCUGAAUGAGCUGCUGCAGCGAGAGAACCGAGUCCUUCACUUCUGGACGUUGAAGAAGCGAAGGCUGGACCAAUGUCAGCAGUACUUGGUGUUUGAACGCAGUGCCAAACAGGCAUUGGAUUGGAUCCAAGAGACAGGUGAAGUUUACCUGGCAACACACACAUCACCUGGUGAAUGCAGCGAGGAAACACAGCAACUCCUCAACGACUACCAUCACUUCAGACUCAAUGCCAAGCAAACCAAGGAGAAGGUGAAGCUUCUGAUCCAGUUAGCGGACAACCUGGUGGAGAAAGGCCACGCCCACGUGUCGGAGCUGAAGCGCUGGGUCAGCACGGUGGACCGCCGAUACCGAGACUUCUCCCUGCGCAUGGGCAAAUACCAGGAGAGCCUGGAGAGAAGCCUGGGGGUCAGCUCUGAGGACAAUAAAGACUUGGAGUUGGAUAUUAUUCCUGCCAGCCUGACAGACGACCCCGAGGUCAAACUGCGUGACCCCAACCCCGAGGUCAACGAGGAGAAGAGGAAGUCUGCCAGGAAGAAAGAGUUCAUCAUGGCAGAGCUGCUGCAGACAGAGAAGACCUACGUCAAAGACCUCCAAGAGUGUCUAGAGAACUACCUGUGGGAGAUGACCAACGGCGUGGAGGAGGUUCCUGCCGCCAUCGCUAACAAGGAGCACAUCGUCUUCGGCAACAUGCAGGCUAUCUGCGACUUCCACAACAAUAUUUUCCUGAAGGAGCUGGUGAACUAUGAGCAGCUUCCAGAGGAUGUGGGUCACUGCUUCGUCACCUGGGCUGAUAAGUUCCACAUUUAUGUUGAUUACUGUAAGAACAAACCGGACUCCAGUCAGCUCAUACUGGAACAUGCCGGCACCUUCUUCGACGAGAUUCAGCAGAAACGUGGACUGGCUAACUCCAUCUCCUCCUACCUCAUUAAACCGGUCCAGAGGAUCACCAAGUACCAACUACUGCUUAAGGAGUUACUGUCAUGUUGUGAGGAGGGAAAAGGGGAGAUUAAAGAUGGUUUGGAGGUGAUGCUCGGUGUCCCUAAGAGAGCUAAUGAUGCCAUGCAUCUCGCCAUGAUGGAGGGGUUUGAGGAGAACCUGGAGGUGCAGGGCGAGCUGAUCCUGCAGGACAGUUUCCAGGUCUGGGAUCCACGCUCGCUGAUCAGGAAGGGGCGGGACCGACACCUCUUCCUGUUCGAGUUCUCCCUGGUCUUCAGCAAGGAGAUCAAGGACUCAGCUGGAAGAACCAAGUACCAGUACAAGACCAAACUACUGACAUCGGAGUUGGGGGUGACCGAGCACAUUGAGGGCGAUCCAUGUAAAUUUGCACUUUGGGCAGGAAGAACCCCCUCCUCUGAUAACAAAACGGUGCUAAAGGCGUCCAAUAUGGAGGCUAAACAGGAGUGGAUUAAGAACAUCAGGGAGGUGAUCCAGGAGAGGAUGACUCACCUGAAGGGGCCGCUCAAAGAGCCCCUGCAUGUGCCCAAAACACCAGCAAUGACCAAACCAAGGAAUAACGCUAAGAGGGAAGGAGGAGAAGAUGGAGACAGUCAGGGAGACGGCAGCCAACCAGAUACCAUCUCCAUCGCCUCCAGGACGUCCCAGAACACUGUCGACAGCGACAAGCUCUCUGGCGGCUGCGAGCUGACGGUCGUCCUCCAGGACUUCACAGCAGGAUGCAGCACGGAGAUGUCCGUCAGCACCGGCCAGACGGUGGAGCUGUUGGAGCGGCCGAGCGAGCGCCCCGGUUGGUGUUUGGUGCGGACCACCGAGCGCAGCCCCCCCCAGGAGGGUCUGGUUCCCAGCUCCGCGCUCUGUGUGUCCCACUCGCGCUCCAGCGUGGAGAUGGACUGCUUCUUCGGCUCGGGGAAAGAAAACUAUCCCGUGAGCGGCUCUGAUGGAAAGACGGAGUCUGUGGCGGACCUCCAGCCGCAGCCCUCGCUCACCUCGGUUCACUCCAGCUCUCCGGGUCCCAAACGCUCCGGAAACACUCUGAGGAAGUGGCUCACCAGCCCGGUGCGCCGCCUCAGCCACGGCAGCUCCGUCAAGAAACUGCCCAACAACAAACAGAAGAAAACUGGAACAGGAAGAGAGGAGAGCAGGAAGAGCAUCGACCUGGGACCCCCCCUGCAGGACGACAUCAUCGACAAG